AUGCAGAGCAACAGCAGCGCUCUGGAACUGGCACCCCUGGAUGUGCUGAGCGCAUGCGGGGGAGAGGAGGAUGAGCGUGAACUCUCCAAACUGAUCAACCCAAACGGAGUGGGAUCCAACUUGGCCACCUUGAACCUGUCCCUUAACUGCUGGAUCCACAUCCUCUCCAAGGAAUCCUCAGUGGAUCUGCAUGGGGACAGUGGCAACACAGCGGUGCGAAUCCUCAUCGCUCUUGUCUACCUCGUGGUGUGUGUCCUGGGCCUUGCGGGUAACCUCCUGGCACUUUUCCUGCUGCAUUUCCGUCGCCGAAGUCACCAGCACUCCUCUAUCGACUGUUUCGUGAUGAGCCUUGCCCUUACUGACCUCCAGUUCGUUCUCACCUUGCCCUUCUGGGCCGUGGACACAGUACUGGACUUCCGCUGGCCCUUCGGCAGGGUCAUGUGUAAGAUCGUGAGCUCGGUCAGCACCAUGAACAUGUAUGCCAGUGUGUUCUUCCUCACCGCCAUGAGUGUGACACGCUACCACUCGCUAGUCACCUCUUUGAAACUCGCCAACCCAAGGAAGGCCGCUACUGGAGCCAAGUGGGUCAGUUUGGGUAUUUGGGUGGUCUCGCUGGUGGCCACGCUGCCUCAUUCAAUCUACUCUACCACUGUUCAGGUGUCCGCUGACGAUGAGCUCUGCCUUGUGAGGUUUUCUGAAUCAGAUUCCGGUCACUUGGAUCCUCAAGUACUCCUUGGGCUCUAUCAAAUGCAAAAAGUGCUUCUGGGAUUUAUAUUCCCUUUGAUAAUCAUCAGUGUGUGCUAUCUCCUCCUCCUAAGAUUCAUCUUGAGCAGAAGCCUCGUGGGCAGCAUGAUAGGUGGCAGCACGGCAGAGCCGUCCGAAUACGAGCGAGGUCGCCACCGCCGUCGUUCCAGAGUUACCCGCUCAGUCACCAUUGUAGUUCUGUCCUUCUUUAUCUGCUGGUUACCCAACCAGGCUCUGACCUUGUGGGGCGUAUUGAUCAAGUUUGACCUGGUGCCCUUCAGCAAAGCCUUUUACAACGCGCAGGCCUACGCAUUCCCCUUGACCGUCUGCUUGGCCCAAGCAAACAGCUGCCUCAACCCAGUACUCUACUGUCUGAUCCGCCAGGAAUACCGCACUGGACUCAAGGAGCUUCUGCUCCGAGUGUCCCUCCCAAUCCGAAACAUUUUUACCCAUGUUCUGAGGGGAAGGAGGGUGGAGGUGGCUCCCACCAGCUUGGUCAUGAUACACAAAGAAAAUAUGUGA